AUGAGUUGUUCGCUUGCUUGCACCCAAUCCCACAAGAUAUACUGCGCACCCAAAGCAGCAUCACCGAACUCUACCAAUGAAGCAGACAAUCGCCAAUUGCCCCAUGACGAAGCCAAUGGUUUGAUAAAUGGCGAAGGGAUCAAUGAGGCCCGAGAAGCCCUUGACCCGAAAUCUCUAGCGUCUUCGCCUGAGCUGAAGACUCUUUUUGAACAGUGUCCUUCCCUUCGUGACGAGUUGCGCGAUAUCUACAAAACCACACUGGAAGAAGAAUGGGUAGAAGUGCAGUCGCAUGGAGGACGAACACGGUCUUUCCAUCGAGGCAGAGGAGGUACCCGCAACCGAGGGCCAUGGACCCGCGAGAAAGGCUUUAACAGGGGAUUGGGAAAGGUCAGAAAAUAUAGAGAGCGAUGUGAUGAGGGUUUGGAAACUGGGAGGACGGCAGAAGGAUUUGUGCGGUUUCUGACCUUGGUCAAUGGCGAGAAGUCCCCUCAGGAAUCCGGGUGA